CAACCACCAAUACCGUGAAACGUGCAUUUAAUCGGAGAAAAGCGAACGAUUACAAAAUAUGUAAAUAAUUCUUCCGUUCGAUCGACCGUUUUUGUCACGGAAGAAUGUGACUGAUUAAACCAGAGACCGGAUAACCGUGUCUGCUCUACCAUAAACGCCUAGACCGUAGCAAUUAAGUCGUCAAUCAGCCGCGACACUUCCGCGCGCGCGUUGCUUUACGUCCUCUCAAUUAUUUAAUUACGUAACAUAAGUUCAAUUCAAGUUUAAGUUUGUACAACGGUUAACUGCGAUAUAAAUUAGCUACUAAAUCGUACCAUAAGGAAAUAGAAGUGAUUCUUUCACAUACACACAUAAUGGAUUAUGAAACUCCGAACCGUGCAGUAAAAAAUUGUAAUGAAUAUCGCAUCAUGGUUUGGAUGUAGACACGUGCAGGUCAUUUUGAUGGCCUUGAGCUUCAUGUCCUGCUAUGCUAUUAGGGUCACCACAUCCGUGACAUUGGAAGCAAUGACGAAUGCUUCCACUGCAAAUCCUGACUUCGAAGAAUUUUCAUGGAACAGCGAGAUCAAAGACUACAUUCUGAGCUCGUUCUUCUGGGGUUACGUGUGCACACAAAUUAUUGGUAGCAUAAUAGCGCAGCGGUGGGGAGCUAAAAAACUGUUCUCCCUUGCCGUGUUUGUUUGCGGCGUGGCCACGCUUUUGGUUCCCGUUGCUGCCACUUACAGCGGCUGGGAGGCUGUUUGCGUGACAAGAGUGAUCGCCGGGUUAUGCCAAGGCACUGUGCUCCCAUGUCUUCACACGUUGCUUUCCAAGUGGGCACCCGUCGAGGAAAGGGGGAGAAUGUCUACCUUCGUUUACGCCGGAGGCUGGAUCGGAAACGUAAUCUGUUUGCUGAGUUCCGGUUUACUGUCGGCUUCUUCUUUGGGCUGGCCCAGUUGCUUCUACUCUUGGGGUAGCAUUGCUAUUAUUUGUGGCAGCCUCUUCUUUAUCAUUGGCAAGGAAUCACCAGCUGUACACUCGAGCAUACCUCAAGACGAGAAAGAAUACAUUGAGACCAGCCUCGGUAUUACAGAAACGGAAGAGGCAUUAUCGACACCAUGGUUCGCGAUGCUAACUAGUUUGCCAAUGUGGGCAUUACUGAUUACGCAAUCUGCUCAAAAUUGGGGCUUUUGGAUGCUCUUAACGAAAAUUCCAUCGUACAUGGGUUCAGCCUUAGGGUUCGAUAUAAAAAAAAAUGGAAUGGUGAGUUCAUUACCGUAUCUAACAGCGUGGAUUUGCAGUUUCCCUAUCAGCUACAUCUCAGAUUUGCUCAUCAAACGAAAUAUUUUUACGAUUCAAACAUCGAGGAAAGUUUGCAACACGAUUGGCCAAUGGAUUCCGGCGGUUGCGCUAAUCUGCCUUGGAUAUGUUGAUAAGGAACAUCCUGAAAUAGCGGUAGUACUUUUAGUAGUUGCUGUUGCUUGUAAUAUUGCUAUUUACUGUGGACACAAUGUGAAUCACAUGGAUCUUAGUCCUAACUUUGCUGGUACUUUAAUGGGAGUUACAAACACAGCUGCAAACGUGUGCAGCAUUUUGGCUCCGUUAACUGCUGGGAUUAUUGUCAAGGAUCCGACCAACAUUUUACAAUGGAGGAACAUAUUCUUUUUGUCAGCUGUAAUAUAUUUCCUCGGUAAUCUUAUAUUUAUUUUGUUCGGCACGAGUAAAAUUCAAAAGUGGAACGAUCCGAUAAAAAAAGAGAAAGAUACAGUUUUGAACUGUGUAACGGAAUCAUCGAUGGAAAAUGGAUACAUACAGAGAGCAAAAGAAAUUAAAAAUGCGGAAAUAGAAAAGAAUAUGUAAUAGAAACAUGACACG